GAAGCCAUAUUAUAAAGAACAAAAUGGGGUGAAAAUUGAAGAACACCGAUGAUUUUUUUUAAAUUGUACAGUUUUAAAACAAUGAUUGGGAUACAAAGGCUUCGUUUUAUAAGAAGCUUUUUGUAUGGCACCGCAUCAACCAUUCAUGGUGAUAAGUAGAUAAUUUACUUCUGACAUACUGUCAAGAUCAGUAUAUGUCUGUACAUCUAAACGACAGAGAAAAUAUGCCAGCUCAAGCUCCACAGUGGACCGAAUUUCUGUCUUGUCAGGUGUGUUACAAUGUCUUCAAUGAGACGGAUCGGCGACCUGUCAGUCUGGCUUGUGGUCACACAGUCUGUAGAACAUGCCUGCUAAAUCUUCCCCAGAAAAAGUGUCCGUUUGACCAGUGUGUCAUCACCAGAGACGUCAAUGAGUUGCCGGUCAACUACGCUCUUCUCCAGCUGGUUGGAGCUGCAAUUCCCACAGAGAGUGAGCAGCCAGCACCACCAAUCCACAUACCUGAGAAAACAAAACAUUACGAGUCUGCAAAACGAUGUAUAGAAGAAAUAGCCCUGUAUCUUAAGCCCAUGUCUGAUGGUAAAGAAGGUUGUCUAACAGCUGCUAAUUUAACCUCGGGGACUAAUAGUAUUCUGAGUCGGCCCAUGCAGAGGAAGGUUGUCGCCCUUGUAAGCUGUCAGCUCGUGGAAGAGGAGGGCCGGGCUCGGGCUGCUCGAGCGGCUCGCUCGCUGGGUGAGCGAACCGUGACAGAACUCAUAUUGCAGCAUCAGAAUGCUCAACAGUUGUCAUCAAACCUAUGGGCUGCAGUGCGUGCCCGAGGAUGUCAGUUUCUUGGUCCUGCUAUGCAGGAGGAAGUCCUGAAGCUGAUAUUACUGGCUCUGGAGGAUGGAUCUCUCUUGUCGCGGAAAGUGUUAGUGCUGUUUGUCGUGCAGCGCCUGGAGUCACAGUAUCCUCAAGCCUCCAAAACUGCCAUAGGCCAUGUAGUACAGCUCUUGUACAGGGCCUCCUGUUUCAAGGUGACAAAGAGAGAUGAGGAAUCCUCCCUAAUGCAGCUUAAGGAAGAGUUCCGAUCUUACGAGGCAUUGAGGCGUGAACACGACUCGCAGAUCAUACAAAUCGCCAUGGAAUCGGGGCUGAGGAUCGCGCCAGACCAGUGGUCUUCUCUGUUGUAUGGGGAUACUAAUCACAAAUCACACAUGCAGUCUAUUAUUGACAAGCUGCAGACACCCCAGUCAUUUACCCAGAGCACUAAUGAGUUAGUGGUGGCCCUACAGAGGAGUGGGGACCCAUGCAAUCUACAGAGGCUCCGCCCACACCUCGAGUUCCUGGCCAGCAUAGACCCCAGUCCCGAUGCACCAACGCCAUCUUGGGAAAACUUGGAAGCUGUGAUGAAAGCAGUGAAAACGGUGGUGAAAGGAUUGGUGGACUUCGUUCAGAGCAAUGGGUCAAAGAAGAUGGACAACACAGCUUAUGUCAAUGUCCGCUACAAAACAAGCAUGUGUCGAGAUUUGUCUGAGAAAGGCCGCUGUCCAAGGGGAACUAACUGUACAUUUGCUCACUCCCAAGAAGAAUUGGAAAAGUUCAGAGCCAGAAACAAAAGAUCUGGUAGAAACGCUUGUUCGGCCAGUGACACUUCUACCUUGACCGCAAAACAGAAGGUCCAACUAGAUCAAAUAACGAAGACCUCACUGGAGAAACAGCGACAGAUGAGUGUUAGUUCUGAUUGCGCCAUCAGGGAUCAGAGAUUGGCGAAAGAUCCAAGCUCAGUGCCCGUCAUAGCUGGACCACAGGACAUUACCCAGGGGAUGAAUUCCUUGUCUAUGGUAGAGCACAUCAAAACGGGGGAUUCUCCAUCUAUGUCCGACCCCCAUGUCCACCAACCUAGUGUCAACUUUCAGAACAUGCCAGCACAGGCAGUGCAGCCAAACAUCAGCUCAAUGGUACCACCUCAGUUCCAGAUGUACCCUAAUGCCCAGUUCCACCCAGGCAUGGUACAGCCUGGACUCUACCCCAAUGGCUCACAGGUGCCUGUGGGUAAUGGAGCGGUGAUGAUGAACAUGCAGGGGGUGGGCUACUCGGAUAUGUAUCAGAUGGAAGUCAACAGAGGUUGUAUGCAGCACCCAUCAAUCCCCUCGCCAUAUCCCAUGAUGCAACAGCCACAGUAUCCAGGGGUUCAGUAUCAGCAAUUCGUGCCUGGCUUUUUCCCGCCGAGUUACAUCCCUUACUCUCAGAAUCCGGGAGGGGUGCAACCCUUUGUGGAUUCUCGAGCGAGCUCAUCCAUCCAGGGUUUGUACACCAGCGAGCCCACAUUAGUGUCCACGUCUGCUCCAUCGGUUCAGGAAAAGGGCUACAGGAAUGAGUCCAAACUCCUUCAUAAUCUGCACAGCAGAAGGAAAGAGAUUUUGGCUAAAAUUCAGAACAUGCCAUCCAGCAGUGAUGAGAUGGAGACCAAUUCCCUGCUGACGGGAUGUACCCCCUCUAGUCCCUCUGUGAGGGACAUCAUUAAGGACCCCUACAAGACAGCCAGCGACAACUUCAUGUUGUCCACCAAAUCUACCCUAAACAAAGCUGUCAGUGACACAGUCAAUGCCAACACAAUCACCUCACUGGCUGAAGUCACUCACAAAAUUAACAGUUGGAAUCAAGAUCAGGCGUACAUACCCUGGUCUAGUGGUGACACAGCUCUGUCUGUAUGGACGUCAUCAACGGACACCAAGGCGUCCUCCUCAGAGGUUCUGACAGACAGCGGCGACCUGUGGAAUGAGAGUAGUUCUGAUAGCACGGAGUUCAUGCUGAACUGGUUGAAGGACAUCCCCGACGACCCAGUUCCUGUGGAGAACAAGGAAGAAAAAUGGUGGCUGACCACUCCCACUUUGUCAGAGCCAAUUUACACAUCAGAGUCAGCAAUGUAUGCAAGGUUCACUCAUUGUAGGAGUAGUAUGUCAGUUUGUUCCGACAAAACUGAUGAAGAGAUUCCGUUUGAUCCACCGAUAGUCUCAAAGUUUGGGCCGAUCUCACGGUCAUGUAAGACGAAAUACAAGUCAACUGACCCUGUGCAGGCUACCGCCAACCAGGGAUUUUCUGCGCGGACGCCUAUGACAGCUACCACAGCAGUACGGAGACCUCAGACCACAGCCUUUCCUCAGGAAACAAAGGUCAAAAAGAUCUCAGAGGUCCCCAGGCAGGGCUAUAAUCUCCAGGCCAUUCCCACAGGAUGUUAUGACAAGUCAGAGAUGGGGCUGCAGGACUACGUCCGUCAGGAACUGUCCCGGCUGGAGAGACAGGCCCAGAAUGCCUACACAGAGGGAGAGGCCCUCAACUGUGAGCUUAAGGCAGUAGAGCUCCAGAUAUCCCUGGAAGAUGGGUCCAUGUUUGAAACUCCUCAUAGCAAACCAGAAAAGACAAUAUUUGGAUGGGAAUUGGAGUCAAAGUUGGAGCGACCCCCAGCAGCUUGGAGCAGCUUUGAAAUGUUGGCAGCUGCCACAACUAAAGGAAUGAAGCUGAAUGAUAUACACAUGGCAUUAGAUGCUCAGAAAAAAGCAACGCAAACUCUGCAAAGGAAACAGCAAGAGGACUGAAGAAUUAAAGUGGCUGAAAACUAAGUAUCUGAAAAGAAUGCUAUUAAGAAACAUAAGUGAUUUAUGAUCAUUUGUAUUUACAUUGUAUUUGAUUAUCAAUAUAUUUUGUUAUUUUAAUAUCUUUUUCAAUAUUUUAACCACUUGUUUAACAAAGUGUGAGCAUUAGACUAUUGAUCUCUACAAUGUAGGGUAAGGAAAAUACUAUGUAUCUUCUGAAAUUUGAAUUCAUUAUGAAAUCUGUUGGGUCAUGUCUACCAUGUGGACGUAAGCUGUCGUAUUUUAGAAACACAAAGAUUUGUUCAUAUAUCCUUAAAAUAUACUGGUAAUAGUAAUCAACAAAUUUAUAUCAUUCAAUCAUUUUGGACACGUACAUUUUAUUUAGUCAUAUUAAAUACACAUUAUUCUCUCUAAAUAUGAAUUUUUUAAAGACAUGGAAUAUAUAAAUAUUUAAGACAGCACUUGUACAUUACUGCUUUUAUUAGAAGUUAAAAUUACUGAAAAUUGCACUUGCCUUAUAUUGGUUUGAAUAUCAAGAAUUGUGAUUUAUAAAUGUGUUUUGUAUCAAAACUGCAACUAUAAUGUAUAACAAAAUAUCUGGUCCUUGUGGUGGGUUUAAGGUGCCGUAAACCAACUCUAAUGUUGUGCAAAAAAAUUUCAGAACUUUGCAAAUAUUAUUGCCUGUCUUGUUUUGUCUGAUAUGUUAAGAUUUUACUUUAAAAGCCUCGAUUUGAAAAAGGAUUUGUCGGAAUAUUGGUAAUCAUUGGCCAAUCGAAAAAUAAAGUUGUGGUGAAUAAAAGUUGGUUUACUGUUAUGUAUGGAAUAUUUUUUUUCUGACAAUACUUUUUAUUUCUUUGAUUUACAUGUAGCUACUUGUUCAACAUUGUAAUUGAAUGAAGAAAGGAAUGAGAAUGAAUAAAGGCGUUCUUAUGGAAACAAAUAUUGGGUCGUACUCCCGUUUUCCUGGGUUUUUUCUAUGGGCAUACCACUUCUUUUUGGAUAAAAUCUAAAAAUUAACAGUUAAAUUAGAAAGUGGAUUUUUCUGGUUUCACUGAGAACAAGAUUUGAUGAAGUAAUAGUUGAGCUUGUGUUAAUUAGCCUUAAUACCUUUGAUUAAAAUUCCCAUAAACAUUAACUUGCCAUACAUAUUAUACAAAUUUAAAGAUUAUGUGCAUUUAUAAUGUUUCUACAUUUAUAUCAUUAACAUUUUCCGACUUCACUUUCCAGUUUAAUAUGAAAUUCAUUCAGGUUAAAUCCUUCUUUGAUUUUUUGCAUUAUACUUUCAAUAUUGUUUGGUUCAUGUUCAUACAGUGGUUGUUAUUGGUAACAGCUAUUUUGGUCCAGAUGACUGAUCAUUUAAUCACCUAUCCAUUCAGCCCUACACCAGGUAUAGGACUUCAGCAUAUGUGUAUGAAUGGAAACUGUUCUUUGAUAUUAAGAAAAUUCUGUGAAUUUUUUACCAAGACAGCUUUGCUAUCUUAUUAAAUUCUAUCUACAUGUUUUAGUUUAUUUUACCAACCAGUGUCAUACAUUCUUUUUUGUUUAUAAUAAAAAAAUUUAAAAUGUGUAUGACAAAUAUUUUUUAUAGAACUUGUUUAUUCUGUUCCUUUUAUUGAAUUGUUGUAAACUUCCAUCAGUGAAAUAAUAGAGUGCUGAUUAUGUACCUUCUGACUGUUUGUUACAGAUAUAUACAUGUAGCAUGUCUUUGACACAGGGAACAACUGCCUUCCAUAUCAAAAUAUGACACAUAUGUAACACACAUACUGCUCUUUUGGUCUUUGGUUGUCAUUUUCAACAAACUUUGAGUCCAGUUGGUGACUUAUUUUACAUACACAUGUAUAUAGAAUCAACCUGAUGUUGGUGGAUUACAUAAAGUCUCGCAGCAACUGAAGUGUAAUGUAUUGUUGGCCCUUUUUAGUACAAAGAGGUUGAUCAGUGUGUUUGGAUGAAGCUUUUUUUUUUGCCAGAAACUCGAGACUUAUUGGAUUAUUCUGAUGCAAUUUGAUAUUCAAUAUCUGAGUGUUAUGUUUGAUUUUUUUCUUUCGUAAAUAAAACAUAAGAAGAUUG